GAUGUUUCUAAAGGGUACGAAACUUUUCUAUUUCCUGAAUUUUCAAUAAACUUUGUUGCAAGCUGAUGUUGAUUGACAGAUCUACAGAGACGUCUCUCACUUCUUCGCCGAACAACAGAAGUAAAUUCCAGUGAUAGUAACGAAGGUAGUGAAGUAUCCACUGAUUCUGGCGACUAUUCCAUUACGAACAGCAAGCAAAUAAUCUGCCAUGGCCGCAAGUGCUAGACUUUUUUCUCGAGUGAAAGACGGUUUCACAACGAGUGUUCGAUUCGCGAGUUAUGAAAGCACCCGCAAGAAUCUGAAGCUGAACUCUAAUUCCAAAGUCAUCUGCCAAGGAUUCACGGGAAAGCAGGGCACCUUCCACUCGCAGCAAGCUCUGGAGUAUGGAUCGAAACUGGUCGGAGGAGUGUCCCCCGGCAAGGGAGGCCGCCAACACCUAAAUCUGCCCGUGUUUAACUCCGUGAAGGAAGCGAAAGCUGCCACCGGUGCCGAUGCAACUGUGAUUUAUGUUCCACCACCUGGUGCGGCCAAUGCCAUCAUGGAGGCCAUCGAGGCCGAGGUACCUCUGAUUGUUUGUAUCACAGAGGGGGUUCCCCAGCACGACAUGGUCAAAGUGAAGCACGCUUUGUUGGCACAGGAUAAAUCUCGCCUUGUCGGCCCCAACUGCCCGGGAAUCAUCGCUCCUGAACAAUGCAAGAUCGGUAUUAUGCCCGGACAUAUUCACAAGCGCGGCAAAAUUGGCGUUGUGUCACGUUCAGGAACCCUGACAUACGAAGCCGUGCAUCAAACGACGGAGGUGGGCCUCGGUCAAACGCUUUGCGUUGGUAUCGGAGGCGAUCCUUUCAAUGGAACGGAUUUCAUCGACUGCUUGGAAGUCUUCCUGAAGGACCCGGACACGAAGGGAAUUAUUCUGAUCGGUGAGAUUGGCGGUGUGGCCGAGGAAAAGGCAGCCGAUUAUCUGUUGCAAUAUAAUCAGAAUUCUUUCGGUGAACGCGUACAACAAGCAAACCGUAGCGCUGCUGGCAUCAAAGCCAAGCCGGUUGUUUCAUUUAUUGCUGGCCUGUCGGCCCCACCCGGUCGUCGCAUGGGCCACGCCGGUGCCAUCAUCUCCGGAGGAAAGGGAGGCGCUCAGGAUAAGAUCAAUGCGCUCGAGAAGGCCGGCGUAAUUGUGACCAGAAGUCCAGCUCAGAUGGGCAAAGAAUUGUUCAAAGAAAUGAAGAGAUUGGAACUCGCUUAAGUAAAUGUAAGUUUAACCAACAUCUAUCAUAAAUCGACAGCAAAAAUGUGUAGUAAAUAUAAAUAGGAGAAUUGUCUUCAAUGUUAUCUUCGGUCGAUUGUUUUAUAUUUUUCAUUUUUGUAUACACAAAAAUAAACCUGAAGUGGGCCAUAACUAUCCGAUCAGCUCGUAAAAUAUACUCUUACAAAGUAAUAAGCAGGUUUAUGAUGCAUUAACUGAAUACGGGAGGAUUUCUAGUUACACACUUAUGCAAAUGUACAUUAAUGGAAAUCUUGUCGUCAUAUUGCAAUUUAUUUUCCUCUCUCUGGUGUUAUAACUCGAUAUCCUAUUGUAAGACAAGAUUGAACCGUCAUAGUAACAUGCAAAGGUGCCGUUUUCUGGAAUUUAUUCCCUUCGAAACGAUUGAAUUUUAAACAAGCUUUUUGUGUAUUUACACUCGACAUUAUUGAACUGCACAAUAUGAUAGAAACGACUGCGUUUGAAUCUAUGCCGAUAGUGUUAUCAUUAGUCAUCCUAAUAAUGAACAAUUGGAUGGGUUAACGAUGGGAAGUGGGAUUGUUGAAAUGAACUGAAUCUGUAUUCGAUAAAAAACCAAAUUACAUAAAUAAAAAAAAAAUGUAAACGUU